AUGGCUGGUAGUCCAAGCUGUCCAGUUAAAGUAGAAGAACGAAGGAAAUAUCAACAGCUCUCAAAAACCAUACCAACUAUCAACAACAACAAUAACAAAGUAUUAUAUGUUAAAUCGACUGAUGCUCCUAGUGCAUGGGCAACAAACGCUCAAAAAGAACAUGCACAAGCUCAAUUAUAUACUCCAAUUCAAAAUAUAGCAUCAAAUGAAUAUCCAGAUGCAUUAUCUGAUAUCAAUAAAAAAUUGAACCAAAUUAUGAGUAAAAUGGAACAAAUUACAAGUGAACAAACAAAUAUGAAUGCGAAUACUACCAAGGCUUUUCGAUUAAUUAACACAUGGCAAAAGGACCUUGCCUCACUUAAGGAAUUUAUUUUUGACAAAGUAAGCCCUUAUAUUUUUAACUUAAGUGAAGCUUUUUUAGGAGCAAAAAAGCAAACUGAACAAGAAAAAUUACGUCCAGUAUUUAUGAAAUUCAAACAACAAUAUGAAGAUAUAGUCGAAUUACAUGAUAUAAAACAAAAUGAAAAACCUAUUCUAUCCAGGUCAACCUCAAAUGAAUCCAACAGCAGCUAA